AUGUCGGGUCAUCGUAAGAAAGGGACGCGAGAGAACCCUAUCUCCCUUGAUGACGACAAGCCUGUUGCGAAGACCCCAACCCUACGCGAAGGUGGAAAAAGCCACACAAAGACAAAUCUCAAGUCAACAACCGCCUCUUCUCAGCAAGGCCGAGGUGAGGGUAUGUCGAAGUCUUCUACCCAAAAGAAGCAGAAGAAGCAGUCGGCUUUUCUUUCGGAAUCUAGCGACGAUGACUAUUCUUCUACCAUGAGACAAACCCGCCAACCCUGGAAGUUCGGUCCGACUGACGAGGAGUUCUUUGCUUUGGAAGAUCGUCCGCGAGGUAGUGGAGACUACGGUGCACAUAUUCUCCGCACAAAGUUGCGUAACGGAACAGAGGAGGCUGAAGAAGAAACCUUCGACAUUUCGGAUGAGGGCCUACUGUAUGAGGAAACGGAUUCUGAUGGGGAGGAUCAACCUAAAAAACGACGCAAGAACCAGAAGGGACCCGCACAGAAGCGCCAGAAGCCUACUCGAAAGCCUCACAUCAGCAGUUCAAAAGCAAUGGAUCACUUAAUGGCUCGAGUUACUGAUAAAAGCCGACGGGAUGAGUAA